CAAAGAACUAGACUGUUUUGUGAAAAUUUUCUCAUAAAAUUUUAUUUAAAUAGUUUAAUUACUAAAUUAUUAUGUCCGACAACAAAGAUGCGACUAAAAAGGAGGUCGAUCCGGAAUUGGACGAUUUACUCGACAGUGCUCUCCAAGACAUGACGAAGAAGCCGCCCGCAGCCGGAGAGACACAGGAGCCGGUGUGGAGCGAGGAGUUUGUUAAGGAAGCAGCGGCGCAGUUUGAGAGCAACAUGGCCGCUUUGCUUGGCAGCUUCAGUGGUGUACCUGGUGAACAGCAAGAAAUCAGCCAGGAGCAGAUAGCACAGACAUUCUCGAAAAUGGCUGAGGCGGCGGCCGCGGUGCUGAAGCCGGCGGGCGCGGGGGGUGCGGGGGGCGCGGGCGGCGCGGACGGCAGCGAAGCCCCCGCGGCGGACCCUGCUAAAAUCGACGAGGUGUCAGCAGCCAUAUCCCAGACCUUACAAAACCUGAGCUCAAACUCUGAAGGUCUACAAACGCCUUUCAGCGACCAAGACCUCGCGAAUAUGUUUGGCAACUUCAAUCUCGGAGAAAACCAGGAAGGCAACAUGUUCCUCCCCUUCAUGCAAGGGAUGAUGCAGUCCCUCCUCUCUAAGGAGGUCCUCUACCCCUCCUUGAAGGAGUUGGUGGACAAGUACCCCGCCUGGCUCGAAGAGAACAAGGGGAAAGUACCCCAGGAUGACUACGACAGAUACUGCCGGCAGCAGGAGCUGAUGCAGCAGGUCUGCGCUGAGCUGGAACCGGAGCAGGAAUCUGACCCUGAAGAUGUCAAGAGGAAACGGUUCGAAGUGGUCCUUGAACUCAUGCAGAAGAUGCAAGACUUAGGCCAACCGCCCACAGAGCUGGUUGGUGACAUGGCCGUGCCCCCGCAAGGGUUCGCCGCACCCGACAACUCACAGUGCAGCGUCAUGUAGUGACAUGACAUGACAGGUGACAUGAUGACAGAUUGAUGACGAGAGAUACGGUAUACUGCCAACUUUCACAUUUAUUUAAUCUUUAUUGCACAAAAGAAAACUUAUCGUACAAAAGGUGGACUUAAUGCCAAAAGCAAACUCUACCAACAAGUUUGAGAACAAAUACAAUUAAUUUAUUAAAUAUUUUGAUUUGUGUUGUGUUGUAUUUUGAUUAGCUAAAGACGCCGGUUCGAAUCCGGCCUUCACCACUGGAGGGCUUCGUCACUUUUUCUUUAAUAUAUGACAUCUAUUACAGUUUUUAAUUCAUAGUCUACCAGUCAACCUAAGGGCAAAGCAGAGAUUGUGGACGGUGCUAACUAAUACUAACAAAAUAUAAAACGCAAAGCUAAAUUAAAAUUUAACACAUAUGCAAGACCAUCGAAAUAUAUACAAUACACAUAAUAUAUAUAAAAUAUAAUAUAUAAAUUAUAAAACUAUAACUACGAAUCAUUCAUUCGAUCAGCAAAGAAAGCACGUACAGAUUAAAACAUAAACAUAUUUAUUCCUCUUUACAAAUUUAAGUUGAUGCUUACACAUAAUAAUUUCUAUAACUACCUUUUUCUAUAACUACCAUUGUACCUAGCUGUAAGUGUUUAGUGAGUAAGUUCUUUUUUGUAACUGAGGUGGCGCUGUUUGUAGAAGGUCUUUACAAUAAAUAAAUGUCUUUUUUCUUUCUAAUAAAGAGCUAUAAGUACAGUGCAGAAUUUGAAAGAACAGGGUUUGUGCCUUUCAGUUGACCUGGUUCCUACACUAGGCGGGGCCUGUCCCGCAGGAAAAACCACUUACACACAAUUACACGUACACAUUUAUAUUAUUCAAACCUAACAGCGGUUUCACAUUGGUACGCCCAUAGAGUAACUUAUACUAGAGCGGUACUGUCAUAGUAAAUUUUGUAACCCCAGUAAAUUCACUGCCAUCUGUCGACACACUUUAAAACUAAAAAUAAAUAUUUAUAAAAAUACGAUAAAAUGUAUUUAGAUAUGGAUAAAUGAUUUAUUUAUUUGCAUUAAUUAUUUUUAUGAUUUUGACCCAUGUUCUUUUACUAAUAUGCGUUAAAAUUGUUAAAUAAACGAAACCGUCAACGCCAUCUAUACGACAGUAAGCCAAAGCUAGUAGCGCCCUCUGAACGAGAAUCAAAUUUUCUUGAUUUUCGAGGCACGUUUUUUCCUUAGACUGUAUCCAUCUAUUACGGAGUUAUAUCUAUCUUUGGUACGCCUAUAUGCGUCUAUACCAGAUAGCUCACUCCGCGAUAUCGUCGCGUCGCUACAAGUACACGCGGCCCACACCAAUUUUGGUGUCUAGCCAUAGUGGUUGCCGCGCACCGCUACGGAACGGACGCUUGCGCCACCUAGCGGUCAUAUCUGUCGUUAUAGACGCGUUUUAUUAGAGUGAAUCUUCUGUACCUAAUACUGCUAUUUAUUCUGUGUUUUUAAAAACCAGCUUUUACGCGCGUAAAUUCUGAUUUUCAAUACGCCCAAUUGUUAAUCGUUGAGUGAAUCUAGUUCAAUUAACUAGCGGCCUAGACAUCAAAUUGGAUGCCGGCGUUUAAUGAACAGCCUAGGCGACUAAUUAGCUGGCUAAUUUAACCAGAUGGCUGCGACAUAUACGUCACUAAAUGUAUACUUACUAAAUAAACCCUGAUUCCAUUGGAGUUAGGUAGGCAUACUAGAAUAGUCCGCACUUACCCCAACGUACCUUUUUGAAAUGUACAUGUUGGCAAUAUACCGAUCUUAUUGUUCGUAUGUAUAAAUUAUAUAAUAUAUAUUAUAUUUAUUAUACUUUUAGUAAACUAAUGUAGAAGCCAUAUUGUUAUAAAAAUAACUGUAUGACUAUAAAUUAUGACAGUUUGACAUACUUUUUUUAAAACAUUUUUCAAUAUUUUACGAGUUCCCGAAGUUUUACAAGGGACUACAGUAUGUACAGGUUUUUAAAGGGUCGGCAACGCGCAUGUGACACCUCUGGAGGUGCCGGCGUCCAUCGGGUACGGUGACCGCUUACCAUCAGGCGGGAUGUAUGCUUGUUUGACACCGACGUGGUAUAAAAAAUCACCAGCGUCCAUAUGCUACUGCGUUCUAUUACAUUAAAAAGAUCAAAUUGUCAUAAUUUGUAUGUAUUCAGUAUCACAACUAUUGGUGCUUAGUGAGUAUGUUAAGCUGUGUUUAUACCCUGAUCAACGAGGAUCGAAACCUUUAAAAUAUUAUUACCGCUUAGUUUCUUGUAAUAGUUUAUGUUUACAAACAGCAGAAACUGGACAAUGUUUGAUUUUUAACGGCCUUUUAGACCAGGUGGUAGUGACCCCAGUAAAUCGCAGGAUUACAGAGCGCUUGCAUUAGUUGUAGGAUUUAUUUUCAAUAUAAAGGUUUUUUUCUCAUACAAAUCAAUAAUUCGACAGUUACAACAUUAGGAAGAAAAUUUUAGGUGCCGGAUUAUCGAGCGCCUACUGUAUCUUUCUAUUAUAUUAUGUCGUCUUUAGUACCACAACAUAAGCUUGUUAUGGGACUAAGCCAAUUUUGUGUAAAAUUGUUCCAUAAUCAUUAUUUAUACUUAUUUAUUUAUUAUGCCAUUUGGGUGAACGCCUGCUGCUUAGCGCUGAGUAAGGAAUGCAAACCGGUUUUUAAUUAUAUGGAAAAACCGGUUAAUAACCGGUUAUUAACCAAAAUUUCGUACAAAUAAAAACCGGUUUGCAUUCCCUAGCGCUGAGUAAUUUAUAAAAGAUUUCUUACUUUCUUUGCGAAAAUACUAGAAAAGGAAUCAGUUAAAAAUUGAUAUCUUCAGGUGACCUCGUUGAUCGGAUUACACAUGAGACUAAAAUGUAUGAUACGGUUUAAACGGUGUGUGUUUUUAUAGCAUUUCUAUUAAAGUGAGGUGUUGACUGGUGUAACUAUGGAUGUGUAUUUGUAAUUGACAAUUAGUAGUAGUAGUAGUAAUAAUAGCUAUUUAUGCAACAAGUGCGGAAAUCAUCUUUACGCACGUGUAUCAUACAAUGUUUACUAUGCAUUGUGCGAGUAAAUAAAAAAAAAACAUAUAAUGGCAAAUAAGUUUAAUUAUUAAAAUAUUGUAAACAAAAAGCACUAGUGCGGAAAAGUGCGAGAAAGUAGCACCAUAUGUACUGUAAAAAAAAAUUAAAACAAAAAGCACUAGUGCGGAAAAGUAGUACUUUCCGCAUGAUAUGGCUCCGUAGGAAACGCACUUUUCGAGCACAUGCAUUGUAAAACUCUUUAUUGUACAAAAAUAAACAUACGGCCAAGGAAUUAAUUUCAAUACGAUUUCGUACAUUGUCACCGUGAAAAUAGUAUAUAAGUAAAUGGUACGCUUUUAAGUGGAAAUGCCCAGAUGCGUAAAAUCUAAGACAAUUUCGUGCUUCGAAUUUGACAGGUAAACGAGAUGGCGCUGUACAGCUCCAUACAUUUUGAGCAUGGAGACUGUAUAAAGGAGCCAACUCUCUAUGUAUGAAAAGUGUCCAUCAAAAAACAGUAAUUAGGCGGCGCCACCAUACACCGAAAUACUACCAAAAACAACCUACGUAAUUUGGUCGGGUUAUUUGUUGCCUUAUAUGGUACAUGUCAUACUCAUGUCCCGGAGCCUAACUAGCGCCACCGGAGAGAUUAGGAACUAUUAUUUAAAGCUGAAAGCGGUCACUUUUGCAACAAUUCUGCCUUAAGAGAUUGGCAUCCUUUCUAUACCAUCCAUACGCAAGACAAAUGGCGCAGUACAGCGCCAUCUGUUUUAAAUGUCAAACUAAGGGGAACGUUUUUUUCUUAGACUUUACCUCUCUAUUACAAUUAAUUCUCUUUGCUACUGUAUAACAUCGUCUAGAUCUAUUACUCGACUUGUGUCAGAUUGUCCUAUAACUAUAAUAUAAAUGUGGCAUUUUCAAUCAAAAGGGUACUUAUUGUCGGUUAAGGCGCUAUUUCCAUACAGCUUCAAUUUGAAAUCAACCUUAUCGCCAAGCGACAAUGUGGUACCUUUUGGUUGAAAAAGUCACAUAUAUAACUAUAACUAUUAAAUAAUAUAUAUUUAUAAAAAAAGCUUGACCAGCUAUAGUUGCACCAGAAUAUCGGUCAAUUUUAAAUUGUGAAUUUUUAUAUAAAACCCUCAGACUUAUUGUAUUGGUGGAAGUAUUUUAAUGUUUUAAACCGCUUUUGACAUUUAAUUUUUAGUGCCAAAGACUUUAAAGAAUAACACUUAUAUAAAUAAUUUCACAUCACAAUAUUAUAUAAAGACAAAAAUAUGUACAUUUUAAAUAUACUAAACCGGGUCACUCACAUAUUAAAUUAUUUUAUUUUAAAACGGGUCACUCACGUUUAUAAAGUCGAUGAUUGCUCGACAUGUUUCGCUCCGUAACGAGGAGCAUUUCAAAGAGCGUUAGCGUGAGUGACCCGGAAUAUAUUUAAUAUGUCAGUGCCUUACGGAAGUUUUGUUAUGUUUACUUUGUAUACUACAUAUUUAAGACUGUGACUCACAUCGCUAUUUAAAUGUAAACAGCGUGACACUCAAAAAUCUGUACAUGAUCGAUCGACGCCUUAAUAUUCGUGUUUAGAUGUUUUUGGGUAUCUUGUUCGCCCAGAUAUAUUCGACGACGUGGUCAAAAAAUGUAAAUUAGACAUUUAAAAAAAAACGAUUGUUUAAAAAAUAAAUUAUGAAACUUAAAAUUAUGUAACAAAUUAUAAUCAAUACUUGCAGUGAUUAUUUUAGAUUAAUUAACUAAUUUUAAAAAAUCAGAAAAAUAGUAAGUACCUAUAUUGGCAACUAUAUUAUCUUUUAAAAUAUAUAAAAAGCUAUUUGGUUUUAAUUUGGUGGUUUACAACGUUUGCGAACACUACGAUUAGGUAAAUUUCUGGUAAGGUUAAUGUGGAGUAUAUCGUAUAUAAGGGAAGACCGUCUACAAGCUCUUUCGUCGCUUUUAAAGACGCAAGAGGCGUUUGCAGUGGCGUAACUAGGUGGGGGCAGAGGGGGCAUGCCCGCCAAAAUGGGCAAAAGGCAGCAGCAGGGAAACUUGUCAGUCGUCAGGGGGCGCAAAUUUGGUGACUGCCCCGGGCGCCAUAUUCUCUAGCUACGCCAUUGUGCGUUUGUACAAUCAAGUGUAAAAAUAUUGGUGCACACAUCAUACUCAAAAAUAUGUCCCAUAGCUCUUAUGUCAGCGAAUUAAGAACUAUGGGACAUAUUUUUCAGUAAGUUAUAUGCACCCAUAUUUCUACCCGUGACUAAGGAGCGAAACACUUCCUUUCUGUGUCUGAGCGACGUACAGUCAAGGGCAUAAAUAUAUAUACAUUCCCAAAGUUUUAAAAAUAUGUGUACGCUCUUACACCUUAGACAAUAAAGUCGUGUUCACAUAUUUUUGAGCCAUUUGUCUGGAUCGAUAUUUUUGCCUUCGACUGUACGUAUACAAAUACGAUUCUUGUCCUAUGACGAUCUUCUGCGCAAUACAUUUUAUAUGACGAUCUUUCCCACAUUGACCUUACUACUGAUUUAAUUUCUGUACCAUAUAAAAUUGUGGGUACAGAAGUCGAUGCGAUUCUUUAUUGUGUACAUAUUUACGACAUUGUGACAAUUAAACCGCGUCGCAUACAAUUGACAGUUCGCUGGUGACAUCGCCAUUUAGUAAAUGUCACUGGUUGUCCUUAAAGCAUGUUGAAUUUGCCUUCAGUUUGUAUAAGAGUAUGCGAAUUGAAACUCACUCUUUAAUAACUAAAAGUAUUGUCGUUUUGUACUAUUAUUGACAUUUGUGACGUUUUCAAGUAAAAGGUAACUUAAUUGUUAAGUAUAAGGCGCUAAUAUGUGCCGUUUUCAAGCAAAAGGUACCACAUUGUCGCUUAUCAUAAGGACAUUCUGACAGGUUUUUCGUAUAAAGAUACAAGCAAUUUUCGCCCUUAUGGUAAGCGAACGUGGUACCUUUUGAUUGAAAACGUCACAUAUUAUAAAAAUAGCACUAGAAAUCAUUCUUAUUGGCUAUGUGUGCGAUAGUGGCGCCCGCCAAGCGGCUAUGUGACAUACCCAGUGAUUAGAUAUUAUAUUAGUGAGCGCUAUCAACACAUUUAUUUCUUCUUUUAUCACACUUAGGACAUAGCCAAUAGACAUUGUGGUACCUUUUGCCCGAAUAUGUCACAAAUAUUUUAUAUUAUUUGUUUGUGAAGGUAACGGAUUUUCUGUCCGUAAUUGAUUUUAUUUAUGCACAUAUUGUAUAGUUGCGUUAUUUAAAUUAUAAUUACAUUUGUUUAGUUGA